AUGGAUCCCGCGUCUGUCGCUCUGGCCGUGGUCAGCGUUAUAGAUCUCUGCUACAAAUAUGGAAACAAACUGGCCAUCCUGUGCCAUCAAUACCGACGCCUAGACACGGAUCUCGGAGAAACAAUCCUAACCAUCCAAGCAUCCUGGCUCAAAAUGGAUAUACAACUAAAGUCGCUCCGAGCAAUAUGCGACAAGCUGGACUACCCGCUGCUGAACCUGUACCAUGAUGCGCUGACCCCUCUCGAGGCUAAACUCGCUAGGGCGUCGGAGAGCUUUCAGGUCGUGCAGGCAAAGGCCGGUGUGGCGUUCAACGUGCAUCAGAAGUUGAAGGUCGUGUACCUGAAGCGCGAGCUCGCGAAGACGGUUGAGGAUCUGGAACUGUGGCAGAGGAGGUUUGAUCCGUCGUGGUACCUGAUUACCAGGAUCGCGAAUCCGGAUGUUGAUAGGAAGCUGCAAAAUGUUCGUCCGGGGCAGCAGCAGCAGCAGCAACAUGCAUCGGCGUCACCGUCACCGUCUACACGUCUAGCACGGAUGAGAGAGUCUAUCAAGCAGCUCUCGUCACAGGGGGAAGACGCAAGCGGGUCGGUUUUCAAAGAUGCGACGUCGCUCAGCAGUGAAAUGGCGAGGGUUGAAGGAACGAAUGCAUACAUGUCGAGCUAUAGAAACGGCACUCGAUAUGUCCUCCUUGACCCGGCGAACAUGCUCAGUCAGAACCAGAUAUCCAGUACCACGGCAAAGCUAAACAUCCGCGACCUGGCAAGACUCCUGCAGCACAUUGAUCCAUUGACAUUCCAUCUCUUGCGAUGUGAUGGCGUUGUCGAAUUACCAACAGCGCACGGGAAGCAAUUCCACCUACUCUUCGAAAUCCCUGUCGGUCUAUCGACACCAAAAACCCUGCGGCAGCUUCUUCAGCAGAGGCCCAUACGCAAAUGUUCAUUAAGCCAUCGAAUCCGAUUAUCCAAGCAGCUCGCCCGCUCAGUCAUGUUUGUACAUGCAGCAGGCUUCGUUCAUAAAAACAUAAGCCCAGCCACAGUCCUUGUCUUCCACGACGACAAAAACAACAUUGAACUAGGCCCAUCAUUCCUCAUCGGCUUUGAACGAAUACGCAGGGCUGAAGGCCGGACAGACAAGUUCGGGGACUUGGAUUGGGAGAAGAACCUCUACCGGCAUCCGCUGCGUCAGGGCCUCCACCCGGAAGAUAUAUUCGAGAUGCGGCAUGACAUUUAUAGUCUUGGGGUUUGUUUACUUGAGAUAGCUCUGUGGGAAUCAUUCGUCCGCUUUGAAGACGGAGAAUCGGGGCAGAGGGAGUCCGUCCCUUGGUAUGGCCUGGAGAUAUUGGACUCCCUAGCGGAUAGAGACCAGCGGCGUGGUGCGUUUGCAACAAAGGAUCGACUAUUGGAGAUAUGCAAGGAAGAUCUACCCAGUAUAAUGGGGGAGAAGUAUACGAGUGUCGUUGUUGCUUGCCUUUGCUGUUUGGAUGAUAGUGACGAUAACCCGUUUCGGGAUGAGAAGAGCUUGCAGGACAGAGACGGGAUUGUCAUAGGGGUGCGGUACAUUGAAAAUGUCCUUUUGAAAUUAGAGGAGCUGGUCUUAUAA